AUGAGUCGUCCCGAACACAUUUCUCCGCCAGAACUGUACUACAAUGAGAAAGAGGCCGCCAAGUACAACUCGAGCUCGCGCAUUGUCAAAGUGCAACAGGAGCUGUCGAAUCGAGCAAUCGAGUUGCUGAAUCUGCCUGCAGGCCAAGAGGCGUUUGUCUUGGACGUUGGCUGUGGCAGCGGUCUCAGUGGAGUGGCGCUCGAGGAGCACGGACACGCGUGGGUCGGUGUGGACAUUAGCCGCGAUAUGCUCGAAAUCGCCUCGGAGCGAGACAGCAGUGGCGACGUGUUUCUGCAAGACAUGGGCGGCGGGCUGCCGUUCCGUCCGGGUGUGUUUGAUGGCUGCAUCAGUAUCUCGGCCGUCCAGUGGCUCUGCUACUCGGACAAGAAGGAGCACACGGCUCGGAAGCGCCUUACGCGCUUCUUCACGUCGCUGUUUACGUGCUUGAAGGCUGGCAGUCGCGCCGUCCUGCAACUGUAUCCAGAGACGCCAGAGCAGAUGGAAGAGAUCUCGGGCACUGCCAUGCGCUGCGGCUUUUCGGGCGGUCUCGUGAUUGACUUUCCCAACAGUGCAAAGGCCAAGAAGUUCUACUUGUGUCUGUUUGCUGGAUACGCGCAGCAGCAGCAGGUCCCGCAAGGUCUCGGUGUAGGAGCCACUGCAAACGAGAUCUCGUACGAAGGACGCGGUAGGAACCAACGGCCACGCCGAGGCAAGGGGCGUGAAACCGUGAAAGCCAAGGACUGGGUAAUAGCGAAGAAGGAGCGAUACCGCAAGCAGGGCAAGAAAGUGAAGGCGGAUAGCAAGUUCACGGGUCGAAAGCGUCCCGGCAAGUUCUAA